UUUUUAAAAGCAAGUUUCGGAAUAAAAACAUCUAACCUCACCUGCUCCUUUUGUGAUUGUCUUGGGGGAUCACGAAUGAAUAAAGUUUUGAAAUAUGACGUUUGUGUCAAGAUGGCGGCGCCCCUUUCCACGAUGAAAUUCUGGAAACCCGGAUCAGAAGGCCCUGGGGUUUCAGAAGAACGAGAGCUCACAACAGAGACUACUGGCUCCCCCGUUAUUUAUAACCCCUUCACCGCGCUGUCCAUUGAGAAACAGCGGCAGAAACUUCCAGUGUUUAAGCACAGAAAUCAUAUCCUGUACCUGGUGGAGAGCUACCAGACAGUUGUGAUUGUAGGCGAGACAGGCUGUGGGAAGAGCACUCAAAUCCCUCAGUACCUGCUGGAGGCUGGAUGGGCUGCGGAGGGCAAGGUUAUUGGGGUGACGCAGCCUCGGAGGGUGGCUGCCAUUUCAGUUGCCAAUAGGGUGGCUGAAGAACGCGGUGCCCUGCUGGGCCAUGAGGUUGGCUACACCAUUCGGUUUGAUGACUGCUCAGACCCCCAUGCCACCCGUAUCAAGUUCCUGACAGAUGGCAUGCUGGUGCGAGAAAUGAUGGCUGACCCCCUGUUGAAGAAAUAUAGUGUCCUGAUGCUGGACGAGGCGCAUGAGAGGACUCUGUACACAGACAUCGCCAUCGGACUGCUGAAGAAGAUUCAGAAAAAACGGAGAGACCUUCGUCUAAUAGUGGCUUCUGCCACCCUGGAUGCCAAGAAAUUUCAAGAGUUCUUCAACCUGAAUGAAUCUGGAGACCCCAGCAAGGACACCUGUGGUAUUCUGACUGUGGAAGGACGCACCUUCCCUGUGGACAUCUUUUACACAGUCAGCCCUGUUCCGGACUAUGUGAAAGCCACCGUGGAGACGGUGCUGAAGAUCCAUGAGACAGAGGAUGAUGGAGAUGUUCUAGCCUUUCUCACUGGACAGGAAGAAGUAGAGAAGGUGGUGAGUAUGCUUGUGGAGCAGGCUCGGGCUCUCUCCCGGUUUGGCAUGAAGAAGCACCUUCGUGUUCUUCCCAUGUACGCUGGUCUGCCCUAUGCUGAACAGAUGAAGGUUUUUGAGAGGGUGCCCCCUACUGUGCGAAAGGUGGUUGUGGCCACCAACAUUGCAGAGACCUCCAUCACCAUCAAUGGAAUUGUGUUUGUUAUCGACUGUGCAUUUGUCAAGCUGCGAGCCUAUAAUCCCAGAACAGCGAUUGAGUCUCUGGUGGUGACCCCCAUCUCUAAGGCCUCUGCCAGCCAGAGGGCAGGCCGAGGGGGGCGAAACCGUUCCGGGAAGUGUUUUCGCCUGUACACUGAGGAGGACUUUGAAAAGCUGCCUGCUGCCACAGUUCCAGAGAUGCAGCGAACCAACCUUGCUCCAGUCAUCCUGCAGCUGAAAGCCCUGGGAAUCGACAAUGUGCUUCGUUUCAACUUCCUCUCACCUCCACCUGCUCAGUCCAUGGUCCAGGCUCUGGAGCUGCUUUAUGCCCUGGGUGGCUUGGAUCAGUAUGGGCGUCUGACUGACCCCAUGGGUGUACGCAUGGCUGAAUUUCCUCUUAGUCCCAUGUUUGCCAAGAUGCUCCUGGAGUCGGGAAACUUCGGCUGCUCCAAGGAGGUUGUGACCAUUGCGGCCAUGAUGCAGAUCCAGAAUAUCUUUGUGGUGCCGCCCAACCAGAAGAAGGCAGCUGCUAAGGAGCACAGGAAGUUUGCCGUGGCCGAAGGGGACCACCUCACUAUGCUGAACGUAUAUGAAGCUUUCAUCAAGCACCAGAAGAGCUCCCAGUGGUGCCAGGAACACUUCCUCAACUACAAGGGGCUCUUGCGCGCGGUGACAGUCAGGGAGCAACUCCGUCGUCUUAUGAACAAGUUCAAGGUGCCCCGCACGUCCAGUGAAGGUGACCCCGAUGUGAUCCUCAGGUGCAUCGUCUCUGGGUUCUUUGCAAACGCAGCCCGGAUGCACCAUUCAGGCUCCUACAGGACUCUUAAAGAUGAUCGAGAGCUGCACAUCCAUCCUAACUCAGUCCUGUUUGGUGAGAAGCCCCCAAAAUGGGUGGUCUUUAAUGAGGUGGUUCAAACGUCUCAGUACUUCAUGCGUGAUGUGACUGCGGUGGAGUCGUCUUGGCUGGUAGAACUGGCGCCACACUUCUACAAGCAGGCUAAGCAUGGGUCUCUGAGCAGCAGCAAGAGGGCCAAAGUCAUCUGAACCGGACGCCCUGUCCCACUGUCCCCUACACAGCCGCUUGCCCUGGGCCGCCCCUGCAGGAGCUAGGAUGGUCAUAGCUUUAGCCAGCAGUGCUCUAACAAGAAAGGCAAUGAGAGGUAGAAACCAGUGUGUAGGGGGAGUGGGACAUGCGAACCAAAGAGGAGAACCAACACUGUGUCCACCUGUCAUGUACAUAGGGAUGUAUUAUAUAUUUAUUUUCUCACAUCCUCUCACAUCUGUACAUAGAAACGGAAGCUCAUGUCUGGCUGACUCCCAUUCCCGUCUGUUAGCCAGACGUAGGCUGAAUUUAUUUUUUUAUCUUUUUAAGUUACGGCAUGACACGGAACAGUAUCAAUAGAGGGAAUAUGACAGUGUGACAUUUUUGACAGGCUCAGAGGUUAUUUCUGAAAGCAGACUUUAUUGACAGAAUGAGAAUCCAAGCUUUGUGGUAUCAGAUUUGGUAAUGUAUGCCAUAAUCUGUCAAGCAGUGAGAAGCGUUUAUGGCCUGUGAUUCAGUGAUGUUGCCACAGUUGGCUUUAUGUCUAGGUAUACUGUAUACUAAAAGCCAGGUGUGCAUCUUCGCAAAGCUUGAACUGAUCGAAUGGGUUUUUUGCUCCACACUUUCAUAAAGCUCAUUUGUUUUAUGACUGUUCUCCUGUGAAGUUCUUGGUCCAUUUUCUCUAGCUCAGAUUUAGUGGGCUUGUAUUAUUCUGUGCCAAAUCCAGCUAUAAUGGGCAUUUUAAUAUGUGAAAUGUGCUAGUGCCAAGUGUUGCGUGGAGAUUGAGAAGCAACGUGCCCAUUUUUGCACAAACAAGUUCAUUCAGGUACAUGUGAAAUCAAAGUAAAAUUCCAGUUGGAAACCAUUAAUCAUUUUUGUCUUGUUGAUUGCAGUAAAAUCAAACAUGAUUUAUGUAAUUAGCACAGAAGUAUUGCAGUACACUAAAAGGGGAAACACUUAAAAUCUGUAUUUCAUUUUAUUAUCUGUACCUGUUAUUCUGGAAGACCCCACCUCCUAAUGUAGCCUUCUGAAAAGCUUUUGGGAAGAAUUGUUCCUUUACUACCAAGUUUCUGAGAGUGAGAUAAAAAGAUAAAGUCAUUACUCCACUGAAACCUGCUUUCAUUUCAGUAAGGUUACCUGUAUAACUUUAUUGGUUAAUGUCUGCAUGGUUAUAUUGAUUUAGGUUUCACUGUUGCUGACCACCACAGAAGUACUAUGGUUAUGUGCAAACUCACAAGUAAAUAUACAGUUGAAUAUUCUUGCAUGUUAAAUACUCAAAUAACACCCGAAGGUCACCUCUAGUCUUACAUUUAAGUAGUUGACUGCAAGAAGAUGUACACUCCUAUCUACAUAAACCUGUACUCAGCCUUACUGUAGUCUAAGAACUGAAGUUCCCCAUUGGUUAAACACAUCUCCUAAGGUCUGUCCAGGACAUUUCAAAAUAAAACCGGACGAUCAUUCAUUCAA